UGACGCUCCCGUGGGGAACCGUCGGCCGUCCCUGAGGACUAGUGACAGAGCCCGGUGCGACGCGUGUCCUUGGGCUGGGUGCCAUGGACGCCUUCAUCCGCUUCACCAACCAGACCCAGGGCCGGGACCGACUCUUCAGAGCCACUCAGUACACAUGCAUGUUGCUUAGAUAUUUGUUAGAGCCUAAAGCUGACAAUGAGAAGGUUGUAAUGAAGCUCAAGAAACUGGAAUCCAGUGUGAGCACUGGCCGUAAAUGGUUCAGACUAGGCAAUGUGGUGCAUGCUCUCCAGGCGACACAGCAGAGCAUUCGUGCCACUGACCCGGUGCCCCGCAUAUGCCUAACAUUAGCCAGCUUGAACCGUGUGAUUUAUUUCAUCUGUGACACCGUCCUCUUCGUGAGGAGUACAGGGCUUGCCUCUGGCGUUAACAAAGAGAAAUGGCGAAGGUGGGCUGCCCGCUAUUACUACUAUUCUCUUCUGCUGAGCCUGGUCAGGGAUCUGUACGAAGUCUCCCUGCAGAUGAAACAGGUUGCACACGACAGGGCAAAGAGGGAGAAGUCACCAUCCCAGGAUCCCCUCGGGUACAGUGUGGCUGAUGAGGAGACAGAGUGGCUCCAGUCCCUUCUUCUUCUCUUAUUCCACUCUCUGAAGAGGCAUCCUCCCUUGUUUCUGGACACAGUGAAGAACUUCUGUGACAUCCUGAACCCCUUGGACCAGUUGGGGAUCUAUAAGUCCAAUCCUGGCAUCAUAGGCCUCGGAGGCCUUGUGUCCUCUGUAGCAGGCAUCAUCACUGUGGUGUAUCCUCAGAUGAAACUGAAGACCCAGUGACAUGGUUUCAGGCUGAAGACCAGUACCUGCUUUGAAGACAAGCUGUAGGUGAAAUGGACAUUUGCCUAGGCACAGCCGUGUCAUACUGUGCUUGAGGACUUAUUCACAUGGACAUUUAGUGACUGUGAUGUGAACAGAGGUGGGGCCACGGAUGGUGAAGGGGAGAGCUUGAAGAUUUAUAUGUUUUCUAGAGUGUGGGAGUGACUUCUAACUUUCUGUGUAUUUUUCCUUCAUCUCACAUUUAUUGAGCAUCUCUUAUGUGCAUAUUAGGAGCUCAGUGUUUGCUAAGUGAAUAAAAAUUGAAAGAAAUUUUAAAGAUCUAAACUAACAAGUGGACACUAAUAUAUAGCGACUGCAAUUCGGGAGACCUGGGUUCGACCCCUGGGUGGGGAAGAUCCCUGGAGAAGGGCAUGGUAACCAACUCCAGUAUUCUUGCCUGGAGAAUCCCAUGGACAGAGGAGCCUGGUGGGCUACAGUCCAUGGGGUUGCACAGAGUUGGACAAGACUGAGUCCAUGUGUCUGGCUACUUUUGCACAACUCCAGUAGGUCUGAUGCACAGCCCUCUCUAAGAUCUAGUAGAGGCCCCUGAUCUGGUCAGUUACCCCACUUCCUCCAUAGCUGUCAAUGCCAGGAUGGAGCAGAGCUGGCCUUCUAGCCUCUUAACUUACCUUUCACAUCACUGCACUCCUCUCCUUCCUCUGUCCAGGAGUAAAAUCAGAAAUGUAUCAGGCGUCUUCAUGGUAUAAAUUGUGUCUUUAGGUAAUGCAGUGAGGAAAAACAAAAAAGCAGAUAGAAAGGACAUGAAGUAAAAAUAAUGUGGAAAGUCACAGUUGGUACCUGUGGGUCAGUUUGUGACAGAUGAGGAGACUGAGGUUAAAACUGAGGACAGGGACUUCCCUAGUAGUCCAUUGGGUGGGACUCUGUGCUCCCAAUGCAGGGGGUUCAGGGUUCAAUUCCUGGUCGGGGAACUAGAUCCCGCAUGCUGCAAUUAAAGAUCAUACAUGCCACAACUAAGACAUAGCAUAGUCAAAAAAAAAAAAACUGAGGCCAGAACCUCAUUUCUCUGACUCCCAAUCCAGUGCUCUUUCCAUGUUUCACUGCCUUCCUGAUUAGGUAGAAGUAUGAGACUCUCCAGAAUCCCAUACAAAAAGCCUUUUUUUUUUUUUUUAAGAACAUUUGUUGGCUAGUGCUUUAUAUUCUGUUCUACAGAAUUUAAAACUAUAUCUAGAUCCACCAACUGGAUUGUUUGAUAUAAAGCCAUAUAACAGUGUGGGCAUUUAUACAUUAAUUUUCAUUGAAAUUUAUGAAGUUAAGAAACUUCAUGAAACUAUAAAGUAGAAGGAUCAUAACAUUCUGUAAGUCAGACUUCAUAUUUGUGGAGUGGUUGGAAAAAGUGGAAAAGGGCAGUAAGCUAUGAGUGAGGAAGACACCAGAAUACUGAGUGGAUGCCACUUGCUCAUGCAGGGUGUUGAAUUCUUUCUUGUGGUUGCAGAUCCUCUUAAUUUGAGGCAAGUGAGGUAGAGAAUAGGGUAGCAUCAGAUAAGAGGCCAGUGUCAGCCCUACCAGUAAAGCCAUCACAUUUAUCUGAACAGCAAUGAGAAAUGUGCACUCAGUAAAUUUUCCAUUAAUAUGAUUGAGAUUCUUAAAAAAUAGAUUCAGGUACUUGGCACUCUAGUUUUUGAGUAACCAAUCAAGAUAUAGGAUUUGAUAAAGAACAUUUUGGGAAUUUUAAGAGAAAUGAAAGCUGCUAGAUUGAAGCAAAUAAAUAUUAACUAUAUUUACUUUGUCCUUAUCUUCUACUGUAAUAAAUUAUGUCUAAUAAAUCUGUAGACAAAA